UUUGACCUGAGGAUCAGCCCAUGAGAAGUACUUCAGUAUCUCCAUCACCUGCAAAAUUUCAAGACAGUGCAAGUGUAAGGCCAAUUCUGGACGGUGUACCAGAAGUAAACAUAAAAUGAGUCUCGGCGGCGCAGUAAAAUAGGGUAUUGUAUUGCUCGUACAAUAGUAAAAAAUGGACCGCUUUUCAUGGUCAAAUGGGCUGUUGGAAAUAAACGAAACUCUGGUGAUCCAGCAACGAGGUGUGAGACUGUAUGACGGUGAUGAUAAGGCUAAGCUUGAUGUUGGAGUUACCUUGUUGAGCACCCAUCGGUUGAUUUGGAGGGACGUUAAAAAUCAUGACUGCUGCAUAGCCAUGCCCCUGUCACAGAUCGUCUUCUUUGAGGAGCAGGCCGCAGGAAUAGGAAAGAGUGCAAAAAUUGUUAUUCACCUGCAUCCAGCGCUUGCUAACAAGGAGCCAGGUCCAUACCAACACAGCAAGUUCUCCUACAUCAAGCUCUCCUUCAAAGAACACGGGCAGAUUGAGUUUUAUAGGAGGCUAACAGAAGAGAUGACUCAGAAGAGAUGGGAGAGUACGCCAGUCUCACAACCCAUCCCCACAGGAACUGGCUGUCAGGCAGGAAAGACACGCGCAGUGGGGAUUGUUGGCAUCGAGAGGAAGAUAGAGGAGAAGAGGAAAGAAACGGACAAAAACAUUUCAGAGGCCUUUGAGGACCUCAGUAAGCUGAUGGUGAAGGCCAAAGAGAUGGUGGAGCUGUCCAGAUCUAUAGCCAACAAGAUCAAAGACAAGCAGGGAGACAUAACAGAGGAUGAGACAAUCCGGUUUAAGUCCUACCUACUCAGCAUGGGUAUUGCUAACCCUGUUACCCGGGAAACACAUGGGUCAGGCACACAUUACCACUUGCAGCUGGCGAAGCAACUGGGGGAUAUGCUACAGGCCCCUCUAGAGGAGCGUGGGGGUAUGAUGGCUCUCACUGAGGUGUACUGUCUCGUCAACCGUGCUAGAGGGAUGGAGCUUUUAUCUCCAGAAGAUUUGGUAAACGCAUGCAAGAUGUUUGAGUCGUUGAAGCUCCCACUGAGGCUGCGUGUGUUUGACAGCGGUGUGAUGGUGGUCCAGCUGCAGUCUCACAGCGAAGAGGAAAUGAUAGCGUCAGCACUGGACAAUGUGUCAGAGAAAGGGUCCUUGACAGCAGAGGAGUUUGCGAAGCUCCUCGGUCUCUCUGUUCUUCUGUCUAAAGAACGGUUGUUGCUGGCUGAGAAGAUGGGCCACCUGUGUAGAGAUGACUCUGUUGAGGGUUUGAGAUUCUACCCAAACCUCUUUUGACCUGUCUACAGUCAUUAUUGUUGAGAUAGAAAAAAUAACUUAAACUUAAACUGGGCAUUGUCUUUAGGGAUAGACUGAUGCAUUGAAACAGUCUUCUGACCUCUACAUGUAUAUACUGUUGUGCAGCAGUAAAGUGCCCGCUGUACUUUGUGCUAUCCAGUGUAGUUAUGAUUAUUGAAUGGUUGGUGUUCCGGUAGUGGUACAUCUUUGCAAAUCCACUGUAGGUACCACCAGCAAUUUUCCAUCUAGGUCUAAGAGCUUGUCUUUAAAAUUUUAUCUGCAAACUGCAAAUAUUGUGCAUGCAGCACAGUGUUCCCAGAUUUGCUCUACUUGGUGUGUCUUUAGUAAUAAAUGGCUUUGGGAAAAUUGGCUUAUCAGAUAUACAGUGUAAUUUUAUUUUUCCACUGCUUUAAUUUUGAA